UCUGCUGUAAAUUCUCGGAUCUCUUGUAAGCAUUUUCCUUGCACUGACUUCCUCAUAGAGCAAAUCUUCCCUGCAGAGUAUUGUUUAAAGCAAGGGCACACCAUGUAGCCAAAUACCCGGUUCUCAUCAGGACACUGAAUUUUACAAACUGUACAAACUUGGGGAUGACAAUGAAACACUUAUUGUAUUUGGCUGCCACUGCUGGUUUCCUGACUAUUUUGAUUGCAAAACCAGCUCCAGUUCCAUACAACACACUCCUCACUGAAUUGGCAACUGUCCAAGAAGAAAUCGUUACUGUACAUAACAACCUCAGGAGAGGGGUAGUUCCAUCAGCCAGCAACAUGCUGAAGAUGGACUGGAGUGAGGAAGCUGCACAAAAUGCCAGAAUGUUGUCAACACAGUGCGAAUUAAGAGAGAGCAGCGCACCUAGGAGGCGAAUUACAAAUACUUUUUGUGGAGAAAAUAUGCAUUUGACAUCUUAUGCUAUCUCAUGGUCAAAUGUAAUUGAAAUCUGGUACAACGAAUCUAAAUAUUUCAAGUAUGGGGAAUGGACGUCAAUGGAUAAUGGCAUAACAAUUGAGCAUUAUACUCAGGUAGUUUGGGCCACUUCUUACCUCAUUGGGUGUGGAAUCUCAUCAUGCCCCAAAAGAAUGUCAACUCAGUAUCUCUAUGUUUGUCACUAUUGUCAUGAGGGCAAUGAUCUUGCCAAAAGGAAUGAACCUUAUAAUGUGGGAAAUCCAUGUGAAGACUGUCCAAAUGACUGUGAAAAUAAACUUUGUACUAACCCCUGCCUCUACUAUGAUGAAUACAAUAACUGUAAGACACAAAAACGUAGUUUUGGAUGCAGCCGCCAGUGGGUUCAACAGUUCUGCAAAGCUAGUUGUCUGUGUGACACGGAGAUAAAAUAAUAUAUUUGCAAGUAUAAUGUGCUGUUAGAAAAUGUCUGCUGGAUUACACCUUCUACCUUACUUUGCUUCUGUAGCUUUUGCUGAGUUUCAUUUGGUUUUAAUUACAUGUGAGACAUCUUUACUAAGCACAUACAGGCAUCAGUAGAUUUACAUCAAUGCCACCCACUCCUGUCCUGAUCCAACACUGGUUUAAAGUUCCUUACUACAGAAGUGAAGCGUCCAGCCCAACACCUGCCCCACGUUUAAAUCAUGUGACCUGUAGUUCUCAGGUUGACAAAAUUCAACUCAUGGUAUAACUGGCCCCUUGACAAUAACUUUGUCUUUUUGCUAUUAACUCCUUCCCCUGCUACCUCCUCGAUGUUUGUCUUUCCUGCCCAACUAACAUGCACUGUAAUUCUUUAUAUCUUAACUUUACUUCUAGUUUAAAUUGAUGAUUAAAAUAAUUCACAAAGCAA